UUGUUUAAAUUUUAUCGUCCCUUUUGCCUUCAGACCAUCCCUCUUUCCUCCUAUCCCUACAUUCUUCGACAACCACUUGAUCAUAUCUCUUCGGGCAGUGUAGCGGGCACCCUACGAGUCUGGCCGCAUUCCCCCUUCCUUGUCAAUACUGCCAUGUGGUCCCGGCGAGCUGGUGCCCCAUGCAAUCACGUAGACUCGUGGAUCGACCAACUAAAUAGUGUCACGAAGACCGUUUCGCCUGUGCUACACAUGAAUGAAGUUAAGGUAUCUCGACUUCCAGAUUUUCGCUAUGAAGUUUCUCAUAUUCAACUGAAGCCAAAGGUAAGCUUUAGCUUGCUUUAUCCUAUAAUCACACCUCUUUUUAUUCAACACAUGCGCCCGUCUCAAUACCCAUUUUGUCAGCUGACAUUCAGUCUACCCCGGACUGCUUCCCUACUUGGCACUGUGUUUGCACCGGCAGGAGUUGAGCGUGGUCAUUACCUGCGGGCCAGCCUUGCAUUGGUUCGAGGGCUCGACCCCCGCACAGGACUUCCUCAAUCAUCUGCCACUGUGUCUUCUAGUAAUCAAGGGCCUCGCGGAGGAACUUCAUCAAGUAAUGCUGCCUUUUGGGUCAUCGAAUUGACCGGUGAGUAG